UGUUGCCUGUUUGAAAGCAUGGCUUCUUCUGCUAAGAGGAGAGCAGUGGGUUUGGGUGAAAAUCCCGAGGAAAGCGACAACAGCUCCGAUGAGAAUCCGGAGGAGGAGGAUGAUUCCGGGGAGGAGGACAGCGAGGCAUCGGAGGAGGAGAUCAACGAGGAGGUCAUGGUUGACUUUGAAGCCCACACUAUUUCAGGCAACGACUUCAACGGUGUGAAGAAACUCUUACAACAGCUCUUCCUGAAGGCUCAUGUAAACACAUCAGAGAUGACAGAUCUCAUAAUUCAACAGAAUCAUGUUGGAAGUGUCAUUAAGCAAGCUGAGGUGCCUGAAGACAGCGAUGACGAUGACCCAGAUGAAGUGUUUGGCUUCAUCACUAUGCUCAACCUCACAGAGAGAAAGGGUGUGCAAUGUGUGGAGGAGGUGAAGGAGCUGCUUGUGGAUCAGUGUGAGAAGAACUCGACCCACAGCAUGACAGAGCAGCUCGAGCAGAUCCUCAAUGACACCAGCAAGCCUGUGGGGCUGCUGCUGAGCGAGCGCUUCAUCAACGUGCCGCCACAGAUCGCCCUCCCGCUGCACAAACAGCUCCAGGAUGAAAUAGUCGAAGCUCAGAGGACAAAUAAGCCAAGUGGGAGGUGUCACUAUUGUCUUAUGAUCAGCAAGACCUGCAAAGAGGCAAGCAAGAGUAUUCCAGCCAGAGGAGGAGCUCCAAAAGACGAAUACAUGUUCGUCAACGCAGAGGAGGAAUUCUUCUAUGAGCAAGCCAUAAUGAAGUUCCACUACUCGGUCCAAGAGGAGGCAGACUCCUGUUUGAGCGGCAGGUGGUCGUUUGACGAUGUUCCCAUGAAACCUUUCAGGACAGUGAUGCUGAUACCGGCAGACAGAAUGCCCGCUAUUAUGGACAAACUCAAAGAAUACCUAACUGUGUGAAUAUCACAAUAAACUCAGACACCUGUGCACACUGAAGACAUUGGGGUUCAUGGAAAUGAUUCAGUAUAAGAAACUGUAGAAGAAAAUGUUUUGGAACGGUGCGCUACUGUCAGUUUUUAUAAAUUCUUGGUUGACUUUAAGAUACCCUGCUUACAUAUAUAGAAAUAUAUAACAGUUUUAUCAUGUGGAAAUGAAUAGAAAUACAGCGUUUAGUUCUGUUUUUUUUAAAGACUUUUUAUAACAAGAUUAUGAAUCAAGACAAUUAAAUAUGAUAAAUCUUGUGUGGUUAUGGAAAUAUGAGAGCUGAGAGUCUGCAGAUGGAGGAGGGAGGGAUGCAUCAUUUGUAAUUCUGUUAAAUUACUGAACUGUAAAGCUGUAGCAGAUGCAGAGCUUUCCUUUGACAACUUCCUAGAAACCUGAUUUUUACAAAUUUGAUCUGGAUUGUUAACAUGAAAUUGAACAUGCAGUAUACAUGUUUUAUACAUGCACCAUUAUAAUGAGGAUUUUCUUUUUAAACAGUUCUGUAGAUCUCCAGCCACUGAUUAUAAAUAAAAGUUAUAUAUAUG